CAUACAUGGUUUUUAUCAAAGAUUCAGGAAGACUUUAGAGGUGGAAGAAUUAACCUAGAAAAAACUGUGAAAUUACUUGGAAAAUUAGAUAUCCGGUGUGAUACUACUCAUGUGAAAUACAUUUUUCAGGAUCAUGACAGGCAGAAGCAAGGAAAAAUCACCAUAGAAGAAUUUAGAGCAAUCUAUCGAAUUAUUGCACACAGAGAAGAAGUUAUUGAGAUUUUCAACACAUAUUCUCCAAACCGGAAAAUUCUUUUUGAAACAAAUCUGGUUGAUUUUCUAAGGCAAGAGCAGUAUGUCAUCGAGAUGACUAAAACUAUUGCUUAUGAGAUCAUUCAAAGAUAUGAACCCAUUGAAGAAGUUAAGAAACAACACCAGAUGUCAGUUGAAGGUUUUACAAGAUACAUGGAUUCAUCUGAAUGUUCAGUGUUUAAAAAUGAAUAUAAAUAUGUUUAUCAAGAUAUGAAUCAUCCAUUAUGUGAUUAUUUUAUCUCAACUUCACAUAAUACAUACCUGAUAUCUGAUCAAUUAGUGGGACGAAGUGACCUUUGGGGAUAUAUAAGUGCCCUUGUGAAAGGAUGCCGUUGUCUGGAAAUUGACUGCUGGGAUGGAUCACAAAAUGAGCCUAUUGUAUACCACGGUUAUACACUUACCAGCAAGAUUCUAUUUAAAACUGUUAUCCAAGUGAUACACAAAUAUGCAUUUAUGACCUCUGACUACCCAGUGGUGCUCUCUUUAGAAAAUCACUGCUCGCCUGCCCAACAAGAAGUGAUGGCAGAUAACCUGCAGGCAAUUUUGGGAGAUACACUGCUUUCUGAUAUGCUUGAUGAUUUUCCAGACAAACUACCAUCACCAGAGGCAUUAAAAUUCAAAAUAUUGGUUAAAAACAAGAAAAUAGGAACCUUAACAGAAACCCGUGGAAGGAAAGGUUCUAAUAAGCAUGGCCUGAAAAAUCAAGAAAAGGAAGUAGAAUCAGGUGGAUUAACGCUUUUCAAAAAAAAGACCUCGAAGAUGAAAAUGGCUCUGGCCCUAUCAGAUCUUGUCAUUUACACUAAAGCUGAGAAGUUCAGAAGCUUUGAACAUUCAAGAAUACAUCAGCAAUUUAAUGAAAAUAAUUCUAUAGGGGAGUCACAAGCCCGAAAACUUUCAAAGCUGAGAGCAAAAGAAUUUAUUUUUCACACCAGGAAUUUCAUUACCAGAAUAUAUCCUAAAGCAACGAGAACGGACUCUUCUAAUUUCAAUCCUCAGGAAUUCUGGAAUAUAGGUUGUCAGAUGGUGGCCUUAAAUUUCCAGACCCCUGGUCUGCCUAUGGACCUACAAAAUGGAAAAUUUUUGGACAAUGGUGGUUCUGGGUAUAUUUUGAAACCACAAUUCCUAAGACAGAGUAAAUCAAACUUUAAUUCAAAUGAAGCAUUGAAAAACAGUAAACCAAUUACACUUACAAUAAGGCUCAUCAGUGGUAUCCAGCUGCCUCUUAGUAAUCUCUCAUCACCCAAGAAAGCUGACACACUAGCAAUAAUAGAAAUUUAUGGUGUUCCAGACGAUCAAAUGAAACAGCAGACUCGGGCAAUUAAAAAAAAUGCUUUUAGUCCAAGAUGGAAUGAAACCUUCACCUUUAUAAUUCACGUACCAGAAUUGGCAUUGAUACGUUUUGUUGUUGAAAAUCAAGUUCUAAUAACUGGAAAUGAAUUUCUUGGGCAAUAUACUUUACCAGUUCUAUGCUUGAAUAAAGGUUACUGUCGUGUUCCUCUGUUUUCCAAAGCAGGUGAGAAUCUUGACCCUGCUUCACUGUUUAUUUAUGUUUGGUACAUCAGAUAG